AUGUCUUCGGCGUCUGAAAGCUUCGCAGGCUCGGCCCUCUUCAUUGAGGAUCUCGACCAAGUUGCGCCUUCUCUGCAGCGGCGCCUCGCGGCGCUCCUUCUGCGCCUGCAGGAGAAAGCUGCGGGUGCGCCCGCGUCUCGCGUCUCUGGAGCCCAACUGGCGUGGCUGUUCACGGCCUCUCAGCCCCACGGCGUUGUCCCCGCUCUUCGACACAGCUGCACGGCGGUGCGCCUGCCUCUCCCUUCUGUCUGUGAGCUUGCAUGCAGAUUCUCGGGCGAAGCGAGGGAAGGGCGAGAGGAUGUGCGGGGAGAAGCGACUGCGGCAGCCGGACCAGGCGUCGAAGAGAUGGCAGGGAAGGGACAGGAGGAGCGGACGGGUCAGCAGGAAGGAACGCAGAGGGAGAGACGCGAGCUUGAAAGACAAACAGAGGGGGGAUACAGUGGGCGCGAAUGCGCUGAAAGUUUACAGAAACCCCGUCCCAACUCGCAGUCCGCUAACUUUUCUUCGCUCGCGGCUGCAAGAGCAGCCUCGUGUUCUGCCGCCGGCGCAUCAUCGCUUCUUCAUCUUCUCGCGCGGGAAACUGAGCAGUGUCCCUUCUCAGUGUUUCUCUCGCUCUUUCGGGCGCGACGCGGAGACCCCGCCGCUGAAGCACUGCUCCACCGUCUUCUGUGUCUCUCCGCGCAACGCGGAGAAGAACCUUCCGCAGGCGACAAAGGAGAACAAGGCGGGCAAAGGAAAGAAGAAAGAGAGAAAGACACAGAAGCAGAACGAGAAGAAAGAGAAGCGGGGACGGGAGGAGAUUCGGAGAGGGGAGCGGGAUCUGAACCGCGGGCGAGCGAGGGGACAGGGCAGGAGGAAGAAGGGGACGAAGGCAAGUCCUUUCCUUCGUGUCCAUGGCUGGAACAGAAGAAACGGUGGCAGUCUUCGACAUGCAGCGCUCGCCUGAGCGGCUCGGGGCUCUCGGCAAAACCUGUGAAUGAGAGAAUCGGGAAGAUUGCGCAGCUGCUCAAAAGCACAAAGUGCUCCGACCGGAGCUGGCCGGCGCUACGGCAUCUCUGGCAUGGGGCGCUACAGCAAGACAACCUUUUCCGGACGCGCAACGCCGACGCUCUUCUUUUGGAGCUGAUGCGAGCUUUUCUCCAUUCCUCGGCGAAACCGUGCCCGUCCUUUGCUUCCGAGCUUAUUCACCUUCUUGCAGAUACGUCGUGGGAAAUCGCCCGAGGGGAGUUUGCUGUGGGUGCACCAGCGAAUCUUGAACUCUGUUCUCUGCGUGCUUCGCGGCUCUAUCAUGCGAAUCGGGCGCGUCUCCGGGCGUCUCUCGAGCAGCAGGGAGAGAAGGAAGAGGACGAAGCGCAGGAAGACGCAGCAGAUGGCGAAGAGGUGGGCGAAGAGGCCGACGAAAUGGAGGAGCAGACGUCCCAGGUCGACGAGCGCGGUCUGGAGAACUCGACGCCCUGGAGUAGUGGCCAGGACACAGAGAUGGAUCCGGAGAGAAGCGAGAGAAAAGAUGGGCGCAUGCAAGUCGAAACGACAGCCAGUCCUGCGACGAGCGAAAGAGGUGAAACCACGAGCGACAUUGCGGGGGCGGUGUCCCUGUUCGACCGGGAUGAUUGA